UCUGGGGGGCGGGCGCAGGAGCGCGGCGCCGCGCAGCCCUAUCCGUCCGCGGAGCGGACUGAACUGGAAGCCGAGCGCUGCCGCGGGAAGCGGGCGAUGAGGGCAGGUGCCGCCGGCUGCGCCAUGGACGGACCGCGCCUUCUGCUGCUGCUUCUGCUCUUGGGGGUGUGCCUGCUGGGAGGUGCCAAGGAGGUGUGCCCCACAGACCUGUACACCCACAGCGGCGAGUGCUGCAAAGCCUGCAACCUGGGCGAGGGUGUGGCCCAGCCUUGUGGAGCCAACCAGACUGUGUGUGAACCCUGCCUGGACAGCGUGACGUUCUCGGACGUGGUGAGCGCCACAGAGCCAUGUAAGCCGUGCACCGAGUGCGUGGGCCUGCAGAGCAUGUCGGCGCCAUGCGUGGAGGCCGACGACGCGGUGUGCCGCUGCGCCUAUGGCUACUACCAGGACGAGACGACGGGCCGCUGCGAGGCGUGCCAGGUGUGCGAGGCGGGCUCGGGCCUCGUGUUCUCGUGCCAGGACAAGCAGAACACCGUGUGCGAGGAGUGCCCCGACGGCACGUACUCCGACGAGGCCAACCACGUGGACCCGUGCCUGCCCUGCACCGUGUGCGAGGACACCGAGCGCCAGCUGCGAGAGUGCACGCGCUGGGCCGACGCCGAGUGCGAGGAGAUCCCCAGCCGUUGGAUUACACGGGCCACGCCGCCGGAGGGCUCAGACAGCACUGCCCCCAGCACCCAGGAGCCCGAGGGACCUCCAGAGAAAGACCUUGUAGCCAGCACGGUGGCGGAUGUGGUGACCACAGUGAUGGGCAGCUCUCAGCCCGUGGUGACCCGAGGCACCACGGACAACCUCAUCCCCGUCUAUUGCUCCAUCCUGGCCGCUGUGGUUGUGGGCCUUGUGGCCUACAUCGCCUUCAAGAGGUGGAACAGCUGCAAGCAGAACAAGCAAGGAGCCAACAGCCGACCCGUGAACCAGACACCACCACCCGAGGGAGAAAAACUCCACAGCGACAGCGGCAUCUCUGUGGACAGCCAGAGCCUGCAUGACCAGCAGCCUCACACACAGACAGCCGCAGGCCAGGCCCUCAAGGGAGAUGGAGGCCUCUACAGCAGCCUGCCACUGGCCAAGAGGGAAGAGGUGGAGAAGCUACUCAAUGGCUCCGCAGGGGACACCUGGCGGCACCUGGCGGGUGAGCUGGGCUACCAGCCCGAGCACAUAGACUCCUUCACCCACGAGGCCUGCCCCGUCCGCGCCCUGCUUGCCAGCUGGGCCGCCCAGGACAGUGCGACAUUCGAUGCCCUUCUGACCGCCCUGCGCCGCAUCCAGCGAGCCGACAUUGUCGAGAGCCUGUGCAGCGAGUCCACCGCCACAUCCCCGGUGUGAGCCAACCCGGGAGCCCCUGCCCUGCCCCCACAUUCCGAUGACUGAUGCUCCAGCCAACCCCUAUGGGCCAGCGUCAGAGCUGAGCUCCUCUGGGCAGGGCCUCAGAGCCCGGGCCCCUAAACCACAGCCCUGUCACUGCUCCCGUGUGGCCCCAUUGCUUCUGAUCAUACUCCCUUUCCAGCGCUGAAAGAGCCUCUGCUGCCUUUCCCAUGCCACCCCUGCCUCAUCACCAUCUCAGACUUUCUGCUCCUUCUCCCCACACUUCUCAGUGGGCCAGCUCCUCCCACCUUAGCAGGUGUCAUAUUUGGGGGGCUGACACCAGGGAUGGUGUUGGGGGCGAUGACAAGGCCCCAGAGACUCAGAGAGAGAGACUGAGGAACCAGAGCCAUGGACUCUGCACUGUGAACUUGGGGAACGCGGGGGCAUCAGAGUGGCCCACACCCUCCCUCAGCCAGCCUCACCCCUCCCCUCUGGCCUAAGAUGAAGAGGAUCAAAGGCUUGUCAGAGCUGGAAGGGGGUUUUGAAAUCUAGUUCACCCCCUUUGUUUUACAUACAGGACAGUGAGGCCCAAAGAGAGGCAGUGACUUACCCAAAGCCACCCAGCAAUGGAAGGCCAAAUAUGGACUGGCCCCUCCUCUCUGAAUGAGGGGCAUAGGCCUCAGGUUUGCUUAAUGACUGGGAGAGGAGGGCCAGGUGACCCUCUGGGAAAUGUCUCAAAGUCAAAUCCUGUCUGCCCUCCACCAUUUCUAGGCCUGUCCAACCCCUGUGAAGAUGGGACACUUUGUCCGAGGUCUGGUUCCUUGAUCCAUCAUGACCCCUAGUCAGGUUUGGGGUUUGAGGGUGCUGCCUCCCUCUGCCUGUCCCCUCAGGCAUGUCAGUGUGGCAUCCGUGAUGUGGCCCAGUCUGUAAGGGCCCACCAUCCUGGCACAGACCCACAGCGAGCACAGGCAGCAUCUUCCCCUAGAGUCAACCCUGGGGGUUCAGGAACUAAGGACCCCCCAGCAGCGGCACACAGACUCACAGACACGCACAUGCAAGAUGAGGAACCUUGCUUUUCUCCGGGAGUUCUUUCUCCUGGGCUGCGACCGGAUCCUGCCUGGGGCAGUUGCCAGAGAAGCAUCGAAGGGAAUGCUGUGCUCGCUGUCUUCCCUCGCCCCCAGGUUUGGUGGGCCAAGGACUGCUGAGACUUGAGCUGGUGUCUGUCUUCCAAGGGCCUGCACGCGGAGGAAUGCUCCCCCCAUCUACCCCUUCCCUGCAAGCUCGGGUUUGGCUGGGCCCCGAAGGCUGCAGUGAAAAGUGGGACCAGCGUGGGAACGCAGCGAGAAGAGACGGCCUUAGACUGUGGCCCAUGGAGGGUCUCUCCCAGGUUUAGCGGACCCUACAGAGGACUAUUUUUUCCCUAGCUUGGUGCCAGAAAGGGGCCAGGAGGUCUCCUGAGGUCCUUCCCUGGCCUGUUGUGUUUUGCUUGAUGUUGGAAUGAGUGUGGCUCCCCUUCUAUUUAGCAUGAACGUGUGUGCUGACAGCCACCCCUCCCCUGCCCAGGGUUCUCCACCCUGUAUAAGGGACUGGGAACACUGUAUGUACAUGGCAUUUCUUUGACCUCAAGCUGUGACGGGUGGAGGAAACUCACCUGCUGACCCCUCACCUGUGCACCUGGGGAGUGGGACAGAGUCUGAGUGUAUUUAUUUUCCUCCCCAGCAGCUGGGGAGGGGGCUGGGGGUUGCAAGUAUGUUUUAGCAUGUGUUUGGUUCUGGGGCCCCUCCUGCCUCCCUUUGGGCCGAGAUGGAACCCUUUUGGCCUCCCAGCUGGGGGCUAUGAGCUCCAGACUCCCUGUCGCCUCCCCCUUGCAUCCUGUGUAAUCAUUUCUUGGGCCCUCCUGAAACCUACACAUAAAACAUAAAUGAUGAACAUUAAAUAGCAAAGA